AUGAACACAUUCGAUACAGAGAAAGUAACCACCACAAUAAACCAAAACGAAGAAGAAGAUGAAGAUGAACUAUCUCCCAUUGAAGAAGUCCGUUUAACGGUAACAAACACCGACGACCAUACUCAACCCGUAUGGACUUUCCGCAUGUGGUUUCUCGGUCUCAUUUCAUGCUCAAUCCUUUCCUUCCUCAACCAAUUCUUCGCGUACCGAACCGAGCCUCUCAUCAUCACUCUCAUCUCCGUUCAGGUCGCGACGCUUCCAAUCGGUCACUUCAUGGCGGCGAUUCUACCGAAGACGAAGUUUACUCUCCCCGGGUUCGGGUCGAAAGUGAUGUCGUUUAACCCGGGUCCGUUUAACAUGAAGGAACAUGUGUUGAUUACUAUAUUUGCGAAUGCGGGAAGUGCGUUCGGAUCCGGGUCGCCGUAUGCGGUUGGGAUUGUGAAUAUUAUUAAAGCGUUUUAUGGAAGGAGUAUUUCUUUUCAUGCUGCUUGGCUUCUCAUUAUUACUACUCAGGUUCUGGGAUAUGGAUGGGCUGGGUUGCUGAGGAAGUAUGUGGUGGAGCCAGCCCAUAUGUGGUGGCCCAGCACCCUUGUUCAGGUCUCACUUUUCCGAGCUUUGCAUGAGAAAGAUAACGACCACCACCGAAUGUCAAGGGCAAAGUUUUUCUUUAUUGCACUAGUAUGCAGUUUUUCAUGGUAUGUGAUCCCAGGAUACUUGUUCACAACACUCACAAGCAUAUCAUGGGUUUGUUGGGUAUUCUCCAAGUCGGUCACAGCUCAGCAAAUAGGCUCAGGCAUGAAAGGCCUUGGAGUUGGGGCCCUUACACUUGAUUGGUCUGCGGUGGCAUCAUUCUUGUUCAGCCCUCUUAUCUCACCAUUCUUUGCCAUUGUCAAUGUUUUUGUGGGCUAUGCAUUAAUAGUCUAUACUGUGAUUCCCAUUGCAUAUUGGGGCCUAGAUGUUUACAAUGCUAAAAGGUUUCCAAUUUUCUCCUCUCACCUUUUCACUGCUGAAGGUCAAAAAUACAACAUAUCUGCUAUUGUCAAUGACAAGUUUGAGCUAGAUGUUGCAAAGUAUACAGAGCAAGGUAGAAUUCAUCUAAGUGUGUUUUUUGCUCUCACUUACGGCUUUGGAUUUGCAACCAUAGCAUCCACCCUUUCACAUGUUGCUUGCUUCUAUGGAAGGGAAAUUAUGGAGCGGUAUCAAGCUUCUUCAAAGGGUAAAGAAGAUAUCCACACAAGAUUGAUGAAAAGGUACAAAGACAUUCCUUCUUGGUGGUUUUACGCGUUGUUGGCUGUGACUCUUGCUGUUUCUCUCGCGCUAUGCAUCUUUCUCAAUGACCAAAUUCAGAUGCCUUGGUGGGGACUUAUCUUUGCCGGAGCUUUAGCUUUUGUGUUUACUCUCCCUAUUAGCAUCAUCACUGCCACCACAAACCAGACACCAGGGUUGAAUAUCAUCACUGAGUAUGUCUUUGGUUUGAUUUAUCCUGGAAGACCAAUAGCAAAUGUAUGCUUCAAAACCUAUGGUUACAUUAGCAUGGCACAAGCAGUCUCCUUCCUUAGUGAUUUCAAGCUUGGACACUACAUGAAAAUCCCUCCAAGAUCAAUGUUCUUAGUUCAGUUCAUAGGAACACUGCUUGCAGGAACCAUCAACAUCGGGGUAGCAUGGUGGUUGCUAAACUCUAUUGAGAAUAUAUGUCAUGAUGAUCUCCUUCCAGAAGGUAGUCCUUGGACAUGCCCAGGUGACCGUGUUUUCUUCGAUGCUUCGGUUAUUUGGGGUCUGGUAGGACCAAAAAGGAUAUUUGGUUCUAAAGGAAACUACAGUGUAAUGAAUUGGUUUUUCCUUGGAGGUGCACUAGGACCAAUAAUUAUUUGGCUAUUGCAUAAAGCCUUUCCUAAACAAUCAUGGAUUCCUUUGAUUAACCUUCCAGUUCUCCUUGGAGCUACCGGAUCGAUGCCACCAGCAACACCAUUGAACUACAAUGCUUGGAUUUUCUUCGGAACAGUUUUCAACUUCUUUGUGUUCCGUUACAGAAAGAAAUGGUGGCAGAGGUACAACUAUGUUCUAUCAGCAGCACUUGAUACAGGAGUUGCUUUUAUGACUGUUUUGCUUUACUUUUCACUGAGUUUGGAAAAUAGAAGUAUUACUUGGUGGGGAACCAAUGGUGAACAUUGUCCAUUGGCAUCUUGUCCGACUGCAAAAGGCAUAUCGGCUCCUGGUUGCCCACCAAACUUGUGA